AGUGCUGUUCUGCCAACCAGGAUGUUAUGAUGAACAAGGUCUUUGCUAUAUUUGCCGUGACAGUGGCUGUUGUGUGUGCUAGACGCAAUCGCGGACGAGGGAGAGGUUUAGGAUUUCCUAUUGGUCCAGGACCCUCAGGCUGUUUGGGUGGAGGUCGCAGAGGAAAAGGCUGUCGUCCAACAUAUCUCGAUGACGUGAAUGAAGAGGCACAGAAUGAGUACUUCAAGAUCGUGAGGGAUCGUAGCGUGACUUUCGCUGCACAGAAAGAAAUGGUCCAAGCAUGGAGUCAAAAGCAUAACAUAGCUGGAAAAGUGGAGCAAUUCAACAGAGACAUGACCGCACUGAAGCAAGGAGCCAAAAAUAAUGUUACCAUGCUUAUCAGCAAAUUGUCAGGAACGCUACAAAAUAUUUUGAGAAUUGUUGAAAAUGAUCAGCAAACCCCCGAUCAGCUUUAUGAAGAAAUGAGAAAAGUGGUGGACGAAAAUCCGGAGGCAUAUCGCUUUCUGAAGUUCGCUUUCCGUCAAUUCAUGAGAAGACCAGGUGAGCCUGAUGGCCGCGGAAGACCAGAAGCCCCAGAAGCAAGAAAUCGAACAGUACGAAGCCAAACAAGAACACUGGGCGAGAGAGAAGGAUUUGAAAGAACAUGGAGACAUGACGACUUGGAUUAUGGAAACGAAAAGAAUUUGGAAAUCCUAGAAGGGGAAUCUGCAGACGUGGAAAGUGCAGAUUAGUAUUAGCAACGCUGCACUACAAAAAGCAAAAUAAUCAAAGGCUACUGCAUGAUGAAGGCGCAGAAGCGAUUUUAGUUGAGCGGGCUCGAACACGGCUCGCGCGUAUCUUCACCAUUGUAAAUUCUGUUCUCAUGCGCUCUGCGGCUAAUAAAGCCGCGUUCGCGCCCAAAGAUAGUGCGCCUUCAUCAUGCAGCAGCCUAUAUGUGUUAUGUUUUUGAAAUAUAACAAAUAAACUUUGAGAUGUGC